AUUCUGCCAUUGAGGCCAAUUUUUGAGGUUUUAAUGAAAAGAUCUGGCGUUUUCAAGAAACAUAUCGCAAUUUCACUAAACACAUUUUACUAAUGGAUUCGUGUUAAAUAGAAAAAAUAACAAAAUUAAAAAAUACUCGGAGAUUUAUAAGAUGAAAAAAACUAAACAAGAAAAGCACCACAGAUGUGCCUGAUCUGAUGCUAUUAUAAUAUAUGGUGUCUAAAAUAAAGUACACUAAUUGUGAGGGGUUUAACAAAAUCUGGCAACACAAAAUCGACCUUUAGAGAUAUGUAUAAGCUGCAAGUUUAAAGAGUUGCAUCUGUCCUAUAUUUGUUUAUUUGCCAUUUUUUAUUUGUAUUUUUUGUAUAUUGUAAUAUUUAUAUUUAAAAAAUCCUUCUUCCAUAGUAAAAUAAUGUUUUAAGCUCUUUUACCUGAAAUCACAGACCUGGACAGAAAAACAUUUAGGAGAAUAUUCUUUUAACUUUCCUUUUUGACUGUUUCUUUUUUCUUAAAUUUUUCUUUGCAAGAAAAGAAAUGUGUUUAGUGCAGUUAUCAACAAAACAUUGAUGAAAUGAAGAUAUUUUUCCCCGCACCAGUCAGGAUUGAUUAUUCAUAGCGCUUUUAUUGGUCAUGUGACAAUCUGAAGCAGGAUGAUCAAUCCAGCUGUGCUCUCUCUCUCUGUGUGUGUGUGUGUGUGUGUGUGUGUGUUUGUAGGAAAGCGCAGAGAAAAAGGUUUUCGUAUGAGCGACUUGAAAACUAUUGCGUUUCUAGAAUUGACUGUAGAAACAAUAGAAUUGAUAUGAGUAGUAUUUAUUUUCUGGAAAAUUAUGUAGAUCCAACUGUAGAAUUUAUAACGAGCGAAAAUUAAUUUAUUAUUAUUAUUAUUAUUGUUGUUGUUAUUAUUAUUAUUAUUUUUAUUAUUAUUAUUAUAACAUGCCUAGAUUUUUAUUAUUAUUAAAGGCAAAUAAAAUAUAUUUGAGAUUUCUAGAUUAUAAAUAAAACAAUUAACCUUCAUAACCCCCUAAACGGGGAUCUGUUUUGGUUGCACGCGGCUCGUUAGGGGUCAGAAAUAGAUUGAAAUAUUGAAUAAAUAAUUAGACGCAUCGGAUUUAUUAGAUUUGUAUUUAUACUAAUAGUUUACAUUUACAAAUAGUUGACAUUAAUAUGUGGUGACUUUAAAUCAGAUAAACAACGAAUGAGCUUUAUUGCAGCUUUAUUGAAGUAACUGAAAUGAUGUGUGUUCAGGGUGUGUGUUAAUCAGUCAGAUAUACAGAUAUAUAAUUUGGGUUAUAAUCAGAUCAGGUUUUAUUUUGAGGUUUUAUGUGUAAUGUGUUUUAAAAAACGUUUCUAAAGAUUAUACAAAAUCGCAAUAACCCUAAAACCACAAUCCCGCACGAGCGAUUCUCAUAAAUUAGUGUUUUUUGUUGUAUUUUUUUGGUGAAAUCUUAUAAUUGUUGAAUGUCGGAGAUGCACUGCAGCCCCCUGACCACUAAACAGCGCUUCAUUUAAUCAUAAACAUUUAAACAUUUACAUUUUUAAUCAUGCAUUAAACAUUACUAAUAAUUUAUAGGCUAAAAAUUAAGAAACUAUUUUCUAUACAUUUUCUCUACAAACUAUUUUUAUUGUUUUACAAAUAAUUUGAUUGGUUUUAUAUCGAAUACAAAAAAAAUCAUAUUAUUGUGAGCAAAACAACUUUUGGUAAGUCGCUGAAGUCAAAGUCAAACACACACACACACACACACACACACACACACACACACACACACACACACACACACACCUCUGCCUCCUCCCUUAUUCAAUGCUCUCUGCUAAACUUUGGUUACUGACACGUCGGUCACGUGAGCGUCGGGAUAAAUAGUUUUGGGAGGCAGGAGGAGGGGGUACUAGAGUCCGGAGCUUGUGCGGGGCGCACCGCGGUGCCUCCGUGCGUCAUUUAAAACACACCAAAUCCCCUUCAAACAAAAACAACAAUGAAGUCAGAAAGCGGCAGCGGUCCGGUCCGGACUGAUCACUGACCUGAGCAGUGCGGCUCACGGAACACCGUAUACGAGACCUGGACGUGGAAGGAGUGAGAGCACGAAGAGGAGGAGGAGGAGGAGGAGGAGGAGGACAGCGCGAGUCCUCCAGCAUGACUCUGGGGACGGACGUGUCGGAGAGCCCGGCGUUAUCCGACGACGUGGACAUCGACGUGGUCGGUGGCGACGGCGUGAGAGAUGUCGGGAAAUACCUGCGCCACCCUCACGUCUUUCACGCGGACCACGACUCUGACGACCCUCUGUCGUCCCACGAGGUCGGCGAGGGCACCGCGAGCGGCUCCGAGGGCCCCGAUGACGACCGCGUCGUGGCGCGGGGCGAAUCCGGUUCCGGCGCCGACGCGCUGAACGGGGACAAGCCGGCGAAAAACGCGCUGGUGAAGCCGCCGUAUUCGUACAUCGCGCUGAUCACGAUGGCCAUCCUGCAGAGCCCGAAGAAGCGGCUGACGCUCAGCGAGAUCUGCGAGUUCAUCAGCAACAGGUUCCCGUACUACCGCGAGAAGUUCCCAGCAUGGCAGAACUCCAUCAGGCACAACCUGUCGCUCAACGACUGCUUCAUCAAGAUCCCACGCGAACCCGGGAACCCGGGCAAGGGCAACUACUGGACCCUGGAUCCGGAGUCAGCCGACAUGUUUGACAACGGCAGCUUUCUGCGCAGGCGGAAGCGUUUCAAGAGACACCAGAACAGCGACGUGGUUCUCCGAGACGCGGGAGGAUUCCUGCCCGGAUUCGGAUACGGCCCCUACGGCUGCUACGGCCCCGGUGCCGGGGGCGCUGGAGGGUACGGCUUGGCGCUGCAGAACUUCCACGCGUACCACCAUCACCAUCACCACCACCCGAGUGGGACUUUCCCUUUCCAGGGUGCGCCAUGCCCCCUUCCCGGCGUGCCCUCUUCCAUCUUCUCUUCGUCUCCGCACACCGUGCCGCCCUCUCUCCUGGGAGCAGAUCUAAGGAAGCCCUUCUACCCUCAGCUCCCUCCCGCACUCGCGCCGCCUCACAAAACGGACACGAACACGUCGCGCCGCCCGUCUUUCUCCAUAGACAACAUCAUCGGCGCGUCGAGCUCUCCGCCCUCUGCGCCCUACAGCGCGCAGUUACCCGCGGCUCAGGCGCAGAUCCUCGCCAUGUUCACACCACCGUCCUCCAACCACUUGAACCUCUCACCGGAAACGAUCGCACCCAACUCGUGCUCGGACUUCCUCCGGUAAAAAAAAAAAAAAAGACAAGAAGGAGAACUUUUUAAUUUUUAGUUUCUGAUCAUUUUUCUUUCCAGAACAAACGACGUGUGAAACCAAAAAGAGCAGUUUUUAAAAAUCCGCCAUUUUGCCAAGGUAGGAUCUGAAUUUUUUUUUUUUUUGUGAGGUUUAAAACAUUCUCUCUUUUUUCUCUGCGGAAAUUUUUGAGAGCAAACAACAAAAACAAAAACGUAAUUAAUGCCGUGAUAUUUAUGAACUGUAAAUAUGUACAAUAUAUAUAUAAAUAAAUAAAAAUGUGCAGGCAGAUAUGAACAUUUGCAAAACAAAGAAAGAAUAGGCAGUCCGAGGUUAACCUUUGACCUUUGAUCUCCACUCCAGAUGUUUUGCAAACAGGAAAUGCGUUCAGAUCAUUUGAUCUCAUUGUAAACAGUGGAUUUUCCUGUCGGCGCGUGAACAGAUUCCUAUCGCCAUUGUUAUGGUUUAUAUUAAUAUUUUUUGUGAGUUUUGUGAAAAAAAAAAUUGAAGCACUGUUUAAUAGUAGAGACCGAAAAUAUCGACUCAGGUUUACUUUUUCUUUUUGUUUUUUUGUUUUUUUUUAAAAGCACAUUGCCAGAGACAGCGGGGUUUCUGCCCGAACAGCGGAAUAUCAGUGUCAAUUAUAACUGUUUUUUUUUUUUUUUUAUAUUCUUUUUUUUUAAUUUUUUUAUUAUUAUUAUUGUGGCGUUGAUGUAUCUCGCAUUACCUCUCCUCCUGUCUGACUGUGCAUAGAUUUUCCCCCCCUUAUUAUUACAUUGAAGAUAAUCUGUGAAGAGAAUGUCGCGAUGUUGUAAAAGAAGAAAAAGCAGAUAAAACACACGUCAUGUUUAUAGGUCAUUUGGUUGUAAUGACAAGAAAAUAAAUGUUGUGAAUUUUAAA